AUGGAUUUUGGAGAAUGUACUGAUAAAAAGGCUGAAGAUAAAAAUGAGGUAGUAGUUGAUGCAUCUCAGCAGCCAGAUGUCUAUUCUAUGGAUGAACAAGCCAAUGAUGCAAUGGAUAUUGGAGAAGGUACUGAUUGGUUGCACAGGAAUGAUGCAUAUGUGUGCAUUCCCGUGGAGCAGCAAUCCGAGACGACGAACAGGGAUGCAGUUGUGGGAGAUGUGAGUCUGGAGCUACUCAAUGUGAAUCGUCCCACUUCGAAAUGUGAUUUGACCUGUGUGGAGGAGUUCAACACCCCGAAGGCGACGCACGGUGUUGUUGAUGCUAUGCCUGUCACCUGUGAUAAAACACAGGUAUUACUGACCCUAAUCAGCGUAGACGGGAAAGGGUUCGAGCUCGAAGGGUGUCAAUGUCAGUGGAGAAGAGGGCCCUUAUAAAUCUCCGCCGUCGCAAGUCAUAC